UUAUUGGGGAGAAAAAUAAAAAAUAUUGAGAAGAUUAAUUAUUUAUAAUUUAUGAAGAGAAUUCAGAUUACCUACUUUGUAAAGAGUGAAACCAACGAAAUAUUUUCAUAGUUUUUCUUUGUGGAUCAACUUUUCAAUGAGACAAAUUGAAAAUCAUUUAUUUAACAGUAUAUGAUUCAUGUGAUUUUUUGAUAUGAAAAUGCCUGUUCCUGCUGGUGAUAAUGAAAUUGCUGAACAACAGAGUACUGGACCUGAUGGAGUUGUUCAUGGGGCCUCAUCACACACUGAGGAAAGCAGUCCCACUGUCAAUGAUAUAGUGAUUAUAGACCCUGAUUGUUUGGAAUUGGAUUUGAACCAUGGUCGUAUUAAUAAGAUUCAGAAUUUGGAACCACUCACAUGUAUAGAGAAUUUAUAUUUGAGGUGGAAUUUGAUUACAAAAAUUGAAAAUUUAGAAAGUCUAACUACCUUGGUAGAGUUGGAGCUCUAUGACAAUCAAAUUACAAAAAUUGAAAACUUGGAAAGUCUAGUGAAUUUAGAGAUUCUAGACUUGUCCUUCAACAGGAUUAAGGAGAUUGAGGGACUGGGCAAUUUGAAGAAUUUGAAAAAACUUUUUUUAUCUUCAAAUAAAAUUUGCAAAAUUGAACACCUGGAUCAUUUGGAAAACUUGAACCUUCUAGAGUUGGGAGAUAAUAAAAUAAGGGAAAUAGAUAACUUGAAUGGAUUAACAAAUCUUCAGUACCUUUAUCUGGGAAAGAACAAAAUCACCAAAAUUCAAAAUCUGGAUGCACUUGUUAAUCUCACAUGUUUGAGUUUACAAAGCAACAGGCUUGUAAAUAUUGAGAAUUUGGAGAAAUUAAAAGAAUUGAAUGAGUUAUAUUUGUCUGAGAAUGGUAUAACAAGAAUAGAAAACCUCACAGAAAAUAAGAAAUUGGAAACCCUGGAUCUAGCCCAGAAUAAAAUAAAAUUAAUAGAGAAUAUAUCUGAUCUGGAGGAAUUGACAGAACUUUGGAUGAAUAAUAAUGAAGUUUCUGAAUGGUCAACUGUUGAAAACUUGUCAGUUCUUAAGAAAUUGGCCACUGUGUAUUUGGAAAAAAAUCCUAUUGCUGAGGACCCCGUAUACCGAAGAAAACUAAAAAUGAUUGCCCCUUCAUUGACCCAAAUUGAUGCUACACUGUGUCGUUGAAAAUCACAAGUAUUAUGAUCAAUUUAUCAUUAUAUGAAUUGAUAUUUGUAAAAUGUUAGCUUUAAGGUAUCUACUUAAGUUCAUUAGUUGCUAAUUGUCUCUCUUCAACCUUAAAAUUAUGAACUGCUCCCCUAGUAUUUCUGAAUGAAAACAUUGAAAAAUAUUCCAAGAAAUAUCAUCAAAAUAUACUUACAGGGUGGUGAAUUUUUCGAUACUCAUUGGUAUCUAGGAAAAAAGUUAUGCUUCCUGUUAUCAUUGAUAAUUACAAAUCUGAAGACAAAUUAUGGUUAUUUCAUUUAGUUCACAUUUCAUAAUGAAAGUAUGAUUCCAAAAAUAAGUUAAUUAUCUUCCUCACCAUCAGAGCAAGUUAUAUGAAACUUGGCAACUUGAUACUGACGUCAUUCAACUCCAAUAGGAAUCUGAGAUAAGCUUUCUAAAUUUCAAGACGAUUCUCCAGUAGUGGUUAUCGAAAAAUUCACAACUCUGUUCAACGUAUAUAAUAAACUCGGUUUUAUGUAAAUGAAAUUGCUAUAUCCACUCUGUCAACAAAGUCAUGACAUCAACACCAUUGAAUCUGAAAGUAAAUAUGCAGUUAUACUCUCU